UCGUCGAUAGUGUUUAAUAGUGGUGCGUACAUAAAAAGAUCGACAAAUUAAUACCGCGCUCCGGUAAUAAAUCGGAUUUUUAAGAACAUCGUGUGAGUGAAUUUGUGAUUGGAUUUCGUGACAAUGGCUAGCGCUCCAGUAAAGAAAGUGCCUAUACAUUUGCAGAGUUCCCAAAAUCGGCUGCUAAUCAAGAAUGGCCGUGUUGUCAACGAUGAUGGAAUGGAAGACGCCGACGUGUACAUCGAGGAUGGCGUCAUCAAGCAAGUGGGUCGGAACCUCAUCAUCCCUGGUGGUACCCGCACCAUCGAUGCCACGGGAAAACUGGUGAUGCCUGGAGGUAUCGAUCCCCACACUCACUUCGAGCUCGAGAUGAUGGGGGCCAAGAGCGUGGAUGACUUCUACAAGGGCACCAGGGCUGCUGUGGCCGGUGGUACCACUACUGUCAUCGACUUCGUUCUACCUAAUAAAGGCCAAUCUCUAAUAGAAGCAUACAACAAUUGGCGCCAAAAAGCCGACGGAAAGGUAUGCUGCGACUACGCUCUCCACGUAGGCGUAACCUGGUGGUCUCCCUCCGUCAGGAAUGAGAUGGAAAUGCUCACCAAUGAUCAGUAUGGCGUCAACUCAUUCAAAAUGUUCAUGGCGUACAAAGAUGCAUGGAUGCUGAAUGACUACGAACUGCAGUGCGCUUUGGAGGCCUGCACCGAGUUGCAGGCUUUGGCUCAGGUCCACGCUGAGAAUGGAAACAUUAUAGCCCGCAACUGUGAGAAGCUGCUGGCAGCAGGAGUAACAGGCCCUGAAGGUCACCCGCGGUCGCGAGAUGAAGAAGUAGAGGCUGAGGCCGUGAACAGAGCCUGUGUUAUCGCUAACCAGGCGAACUCUCCUCUCUACAUAGUGCACAUAAUGUCCAAGAGUGCUAUACAAGCGCUGCAGAAUGCAAGGACCAGGCAGAGACCGCCGCUGUACGGAGAAACCCUUGCUGCCACUGUUGGUACCGAUGGUAGUCACUAUAGGAACGCGUGCUUCCGUCACGCGGCUGCUCACGUGCUGUCCCCCCCUCUGCGGGCUGACCCCUCCACUCCUCAAGCCAUAGUUGAGGCACUCGCCGAUGAUAGCUUACAAGUGAUUGGAAGUGACAACUGUACUUUCCACGAGAAAGACAAGGAAUUGGGGAAAGGCAACUUUACGAAGAUACCAAACGGUGUCAACGGGGUUGAAGACCGGAUGGCUAUAUUGUGGCAGAAAGCAGUCAAUACCGGCGUCAUGGAUCCGUGCCGCUUCGUGGCGGUGACCAGUGCUAACGCUGCGAAGAUCUUCAACCUGUGGCCGCAGAAGGGUCGCGUUGAAGCUGGUUCAGAUGCCGAUGUCGUGGUCUGGGAUCCACGCUUGCAGCGGACCAUCUCUGCUGCCACUCAUCAUCAGGCUGUCGACUUUAACAUCUUCGAGGGUCAAGAAGUAGUAGGGAGCCCGCAGUACGUGAUUGUCAACGGGCGUGUAUGUCUGGACGACGGACAACUGAGGGUUGCUGAAGGAUUCGGAAAAUUCCUGAAAACACCAGUGAACUGUCCGUACGUGUAUGGACUUCCAGAGCCUGGUACCCCGCCGCUAGAUGAGCCUCCGUCCCCGGAUGUGCCCUCUCCAGCUCAUGUCAGUAACGGAGGCUCCCACUCGCCCGAUCUGAAGCUGUUGAACAAGCACCUGGAGGGAGUGUCGGUGACAUCAUCAGGCUGCAGUACGCCCACCGGCCGCAAGAUGCGCGAGCCCGGACAGCGUGACCUGCAGAACUCCACCUUCUCCAUCAGUAAAGAGGUCGAGGGUCUGGAUACAAAGACAUCAGUACGUGUGAGGAACCCACCUGGUGGCAAGUCCUCAGGCCUCUGGUAAUCUGUCAGCUGUUAGCACAGAUGACGCUUCAGCGUAGCAAAGUCACACGUGGAAAUAAUUAAACGAGUAUGUAUAAAUUCCCGCCAAAACCAAACCAUAGACAAUGCUAUUUUUGUUCGUAAAACUAUUAAAACGUGACCAAGUGGUACUGAGAUGAUGUCUGAUUGACCAAGAAAUUAUAAUGUUCAAUAUGACAAUUUUUAAUAAAACAUUUUUGUUUUUUAUUGUCUAUUUUACAAAGGAAUAAAAAGUAUGUAAGAGUACUUUUUAAUUAGGUAUGUCAAAUAAGUUUAAUUUUAACCA